UGAAAAGAUAAGAUGACUGGUUUGAAUAAUUUUUGCCCUUUUGGUCUGAAGAAAAAAGUCAGACUGUUCUAUAAAAAUUCUAUCAGGUGACUGAUACCACGUUCCCAAGAGAGCUCGAUUGUUCCGAAUUAUAGUGACGGCUAUGUGCACACCGAUUUUCGGGCUGGCGAAGGCUCUACAUAUUGCAAGUAACUAGUUAAGGCACUUCACUAUCAAUUGACUAAAAUAAGGCUUAUAUUGGUCAUUCAAAAGCUUAGUAAAUAUUUCAUAAAUAACAUGCCAGUAGACGAAACAGAAACUCAAGUUAUUUUAACUCACCCAAGUGAUCCAAACACUAAAGUCACUAUUUUGAAAUACGGAGCAACCGUUAUUUCUUGGUUAAACAAAGGUGAAGAGAAAUUAUGGGUAAGUGAAGGAGCAUUCUUAGAUGGAUCUAAGCCAGUUAGAGGUGGUAUUCCUUUAGUAUUCCCAGUGUUUGGUAAACAAAAGUCCGAAGCACAUCCAACUUUCAAAUUACCUCAACAUGGAUUUGCUAGAAAUUCUACUUGGGAAUUUCUCGGACAAACAACUGCUAAUCCUCCAACUGUUGAAUUUGGUUUAGGUCCAGAACAAGUUAGUCCAGAUUUAUUAAAAUUAUGGGGAGAUGGAUCAUAUGAUUUCACUUUAAUUUUAACUAUUAAAUUAGAAGAGGAUAAAUUAACUACUCUAAUUGAUAUUGAAAAUAGAGGUAGUAAAGAAUUCGAAUUUAAUUGGUUAUUCCACACUUAUUAUAGAAUCCCAGAUAUUACUGAUACUUUAGUUAAUAAUUUGGUUGAUCAAUCAUGUUUUGAUCAAUUAUUGGCAGAAGAAUACACUGAAAAAUCACCAGUUAUUAGCUUCCAUGAAGAAUUUGAUAGAAUUUACCAGAAAGUUCCUCUUGAUAAAACAUUUCAAAUCAUUGAAUUUGGUAAAGUAUUAUUUAACCUUCAUCGUAUUAACUUAAAUGAUACAGUAGUAUGGAAUCCAUGGAUUAAAAAAUCAGAAGCUACUGCUGAUUUCUUUCCUAAAAAUGGUUAUUUAAACAUGUUAUGUGUAGAACCAGGUAAUGUUUCAUCCUUUGUUAAAUUAGGAGCUGGUGAAAAAUGGCAAGGAGGUCAAGAAUUAAGUCUUGGUGGUGAAAUAAAAGUUCAAACAAACAUUUACUAAACUACAAUAAGUAACUUAUUCUUUCUGUUAUAUAUAUUAGGCGUAUCUAUACAUUCAUAAAUAUUCAUUAAAACUAGA